GCAACAUCGGCGAUAUUUAUAGAGCUAUGUUUUUCUGUAUUGUCAGGGAUAACUUCAAAGUUGGAUUAUUUCGUGGAAACUGGCAUCAAUGCGAUCUGGUUAUCGCCUAUAUAUCCAAGUCCCAUGGUCGAUUUUGGAUACGACAUAUCCAAUUUCGUUGACGUCGAUCCGUCUUUUGGCACAUUGAAAGACUUCAAAAAUCUUCUAAGACGCGCUAAAGAACUCGGUCUAAAAGUGGUUCUUGAUCUUGUGCCGAACCAUACGUCUGAUAAACAUAUAUGGUUCCAAAAGGCUCUUCAAGGUAACAAAAAGUACAAGGACUAUUAUAUAUGGGCAGACGGCAAAAAUAAAGACGGCCAAACGCCGCCCAACAAUUGGCUCAGCGUGUUUAGUGAUUCCGCAUGGCAUUAUGUCAAAUCAUUAAAUCAAUGGUAUUUUCAUCAAUUUGAAUAUAGACAGCCUGACUUAAAUUACCGUAAUCCUCAAGUAAGAAAGGAGAUGAUAAAUGUCUUGAAAUUUUGGCUGGAUUUUGGUAUAGACGGAUUCCGCGUUAAUUCCGCUAUAUUUAUGUAUGAAGACCCAAAAUUACGGGAUGAGCCUAGAAGU